CGGUAAUUAGCAACCUAAAGGAAGAAGAAGUCAACAUGACGAAUUUGACAAUAUGUGGUUAACUUUUCGCAUUUUGUUGACUUUCUAUAACUAUGGAAAACAUGGAAGACAGUGGAUUUGACAGUGAUUACAAAUCGAAUCAAACAGAUUCACUUAACAGUCCCCCGAAUGGCUCAGCGAAUGGACUUGAUACCCCAAAGACGCAUUCAAACACAUAUAAGAAGUCUUAUGAUUUACAAAAGAAAAUAGAUAAACAUAAGGAAAACGCAGCCAGACGAGCUAUAACAACCCAACCAAAGAGGUCAAUACUCUCCAGAAAUAGGUUAACUAUUCCACAGAAAAAUGACAUUAAACCAAUGAAUAAUGAUACCCAACCUCUUGUUACAAUUAUGACGGAUGACAGUGAUGAUGAGUUUGAAUUACCUGUGAUAUCAAAAGCUGCUCAAAAGGAGAUAACACAACAGUUAAUUAAGGAUGGCUAUAACCUUGACCUUGAACCUGAUGAUGAAGACCUUGACCUCAUUCCUCCAAGGCCAGUCAAUGAACGAUGUACUUGUUGUAAUUACUACACAGGGUAUUGUGCAAUUCAGUAAAUUAAGGAUGUGGUGCUGUAGAGAAAAAAGGAAGAUAAUGAAUGUUCUGUAAAAAAAGGUUCAAACAUUUUAUUGUUGAUUCAUGCAAUCACAUGUACUUUCUUGUUUAUCACAAAAUAAUUUUUGAAUUCUUUUUAAUGAUUAAGUGAAAACUAUAAAAAUGCAGAUGAUAACAUGGAAUAUUGCAAACUUUAAGUGAUGAAUUUGCUAUCAAAGCCAGCGUCAAAAAAAAAAAUGUACUAGUAUUUUUGCUGGAUCUGCUCUGCAUAUUUAGCUGAAUAUUUGUCCCCAAUUUUUCAUUGAAAUUGAUUAAUAUUCUUUAAGGAAUUUUUGUCUAGAUUUUGUGAUGUCUCCGAUUCUCACAGAUAAUCAAAUGUCUAUCUCAAAAAGCUUCUCUAUUCCAACCAUCAAUUUUGUUUUUGAUGAUCAGUCCUGUUCAAUAGUAUGUAGGCAAACUCAUCAUUCACAAAAACAAUAUCUUCAUUAUUCAAAGCAAAAAUUGGGGUAGAAAAAGUGUCAUGUGGUGAUGGAGACACAUCAGGUGACAUUUUGGAGGAACAAUAGAAAUUAUAAUGUCAAAUUAUAACAACAAAAACAUUGCAAGAUAUAUAAAUUUUGAUAUGUUAUUGGUAAUUUUUAUGUACUGUAAAGCUAUUUUAGUCAUUUUGGUAACAAUUGGCAAACAUGACUCUGACAGCUAAUUCCCCUUCAAAAAUGAAUAUAUAGCAUUGAUUCCAUCAAUUAUUAAAUCAGUUAUGGCCUUUCAAUUAUUUUGGAUGAUCCUUUUUUUAUUGCCAAUGGGGAUAUAAAAACAACGGAAUAUGGGACAUAUUUCACAUCAAAAAUGAUAAUUAUGCAGAAAACACCCCAUGCUGCAUACAAUCUAGACUAAUUCAGUAUUUAUGUUAUACAAUUAUUGACAGUAUUGAGGUCAAUGUGAUGCUUUAUCCUGAGAAGUACAAUAUUUCCCUCUGUAGUGGGGCUCAGUGAAUAUUGUACUUAUUGGCCAAGUAUAAAGGGUAGGUGACAAAACAUAUGGUAAAUGAUUUUAGAUACAUAUAUUUUUAAAAUAGGUAGGCAACAAAUAAACAUUUUUGGAUACAUAACUUCCAUUACUUUCCUUGGCAGGGAUAACCAUAAGGAAUAUUGAAUAACCUUUAAUAUUUGUAAAUUCUUCUAUGGAGCUCCAUGUGCCCUAAAGUCAUAUUCACCAAUGUCUUGUCUAUAAGGAACCCCAUUCUUCCAUUGCUCUUCUGCCCCCAUGAUAUACCUAAACUAGACAUUUAUUCCUUAAUGAGUAUUUUCACUUUAUAGUAUUUUUUUCUGUGCAUGUCAGCAGACGGACUAUAAAAUGAUUUUCAUGUUAAUGAAACAGAAGGAAAUAAUUGAUGUUUUAAGGUUUUGUUUUCUAUCACACGGACAUGCCUUUAUAUAUAUGUAUAUUUUUGGACAGUCACAUACUGUGUCUGAUAUUUUAUUAUUGCAUUGCCAACAAUAAUAUGCAGAUUGAUUUCCUCUCAUGUUUUCUCCCAAAAGUUGAGUUUUCAAGAGUUUAUUCUUUGCUUAUUAUCCAAAGGCUUUGUUGAUCAGAAUCAUGUAAUUACUCACUUUGUUGGUUUUGUUGUAGCAUGUAGAAAUGGUUUGUGCAUGCUUGAUAGGAUAUGACUGGUGAUGAUUUGUUUUUACCAUAGAUUCUCCACAACAAGUCCCUACAGAUCUUAGAAAUCCAGUUUUAAUACCCCUGUAGGUACAAUAUUGUAAAUAUUGCUGAUAGUAAUUCAUCAUUUGUAAUUUAUUGACAACAUGAUGUCAUGUACAUGUACAGAUCUGUUUGUUACAGGGUAGACAUUUUUCUGAAAACAAAGGUUUUUUGUUGAAAAAGCUUUUUAUUUUGUAUCUAUACAUUCCAUAUUGAUAUGUGAUCUAUAUUGUGCAUGUUUUUUUGUUGUUUUUUUUAAAUUUGAAAAAAAAAGAUAUAUUAUUUACGCUUUUGUGAAGCGAGUCAGUUAUACAUGUAAUCUCAUUCCAUUCUAAGUUAAAAUGUAUGUUUAUGCUUGGUACAUGUAAUGAUACAUGCAACAGUUUAUAAUUUUAAAUAUUUAUUCAUACUGACCAGGCUAACUCCUGCCAUUUGCAUGACUAUACAAUUAUAUAGAUGUCAACAUGUUAAGAAGGUGCAAAUAUUAUUACAUGGUAACUUGUAUUAUUCCUCUUGCAAUAGAUGUGCAAUUAAUCACAGUCGUAUGAAUUCAGCUGGCAAAUCUCUCUCUCUCCCUCAGCUAUAAACUAUGCCUUUAAGAUUUUAUACAUGACCUGUUCAUUCCUCUCUAUGGUUAUAGGUGUGUUAGUUGCUUUAAUGGAGUUUGAAAUAAUUUGAAUUGUAUACAUGUAUAUGUAGCAAGUAGUUUUAAUAAGGGCCCCGUCUAUAGUGAUCAGCCUUUACUAUCGUGCAUUGACAGUUUUCCUGACAUUUUUUUUGGCUACUCUUUCACUUCACGAGUCACGAGACCUUAUUUUCACAAGGAUACAAUGAUUUAUUUAUUUUCGAAACAUAACUUUCGCUAAUCAUUAUCUAUUGCUUAAGAGUGUGUUCAGAACAUUAUGCAUAAAUGAUGUUAACGCAAAUAAAAUGAGAUGUACAGUAUUCCUGCAACUGUUGAAUAGAAAAUUCAUACAUGAACGAACUUAUAUCAAUAGGAUACAGUUCAGGUUUGAGUUUGGGUUUUCUUGACCUAUUUUUGAAAAAGUUAAGGACCUUGAACUUUGCAAAUAUUGUUUCGAAGUAGGGCUCUUUAUGAUGCUUGCCAUCACAAUGAUAUCAAGUUUGAAUAGCAGUUUUUCAUGUUAUUGAAUGUGCAAUGGAGAGAGAAAGUUCAUAAUUUGAUUGGAUAUACAAUAUGAUAUUGUUCAAUACUAUACACACAGACACUUGUAUGUAUGCUUAUUCUUAUGUUGCAAAACAACUGCACUAAAGCUGCAUCCCCAUACAAUGGCGUUUUCCCUUUAGAAGUUUGUUUGUUCGUCUUCCGAUGAUUGCUUCAUUAAGGUGCUAAAGUCAAUGACAGUUUGGCACAGAAUAAAAUGCUUGUAAAAAAUGUACCUCUAUUGACUCUAACCAAUGUAAAUCCAGUAGAUAUCUUUUUCAUGUUUAGAAAAUGCAAGUAGUUUUAUUGAUAGUUUGACUGAAACUACUGUUAGUUUUUCCAGUAAACAUGAUUUUUUGGUCUGAUAUAAUUACUUGAUAUAAAUAUUAAAAACAUUAAGGAGC